CUUACGUUGUUCGCCGCGCAGCAAUGGUCAUUUCGAUGUUCGGGAAGACGGAUUCAUUGUGAUGUGGUUUGCAAGGAACUCGGUACUGAUUUUAGUUACAAAUGUCAAAGACACCAAAGCAAGGGUCCGUGCGAAGCUGCUCUAUCAGCAUAUUCCGACUGCCUUCUUAAUUGUAUCUAUGGAAUACAACAUAAGAAACAUGGAACCACAU